AUAACAUCAAUGUUAUAAUUGGUAGUGUAGAACAAGACCGGUGAGGCCACCUUAACAGACAACAGCUGGUUUCCUUAAGCUACAUAUGCAUCGGUUUGGCUGAUCCCAAGUCUCUUUUCAUUUUUGGUGAUGAUGAUAGAUAGAUAGAGUCAACUGCAAGUAACUAACAGACUAACAAAUAACAAUGAAAGCAAGCCAACAAUAUUUUCAGAUUAUGGGCCGGGCUGGUAUGGGCUAGCUCAUCGAUUCAAAAAGCAUAUAAUGGGCCGGGCUUAGUCGUGGAGUCCAACCUGUUCAAAGUUAUGGUCAAUCUUAUUUUAAUUUAUUUUAACGUGAUGUGUGACCGAUGCCAGCUCACAGUCGCGUCGAUUUUCACAGCCCGCCGGAAUUUGUCUCUUCUCGGUGAACUUUCUGUCUGACACCCAAUUUCACCGACAGGUCAAAAGCAGAGCCAGAUCUCUCUGCAUCUGCUGAAAUAGGAGGAAUCCUCGAGAGAGGUUGAGAUCUGCGUAGGGUUCCACGGUUGUCAAGAAAAGAUGUUUUUGCUAGAUUGGUUCUAUGGCGUUUUGGCGUCGCUGGGUCUGUGGCAGAAAGAAGCCAAGAUCCUUUUCCUCGGCCUCGACAAUGCCGGCAAGACCACUCUUCUUCACAUGCUCAAGGACGAGAGAUUAGUUCAGCACCAGCCCACUCAGUAUCCUACAUCCGAGGAGUUGAGUAUUGGCAAAAUCAAGUUCAAAGCUUUUGACUUGGGAGGCCAUCAGAUCGCUCGCAGAGUCUGGAAAGACUACUAUGCCAAGGUUGAUGCUGUAGUUUACUUGGUGGAUGCAUUUGACAAAGAACGUUUUGCAGAAUCUAAGAAGGAAUUAGAUGCACUACUCUCUGACGAGGCCCUUGCCAGUGUUCCCUUCCUGAUAUUAGGAAACAAGAUAGACAUACCCUAUGCUGCCUCAGAAGACGAGCUGCGUUACCACCUUGGCCUGACUGGUAUUACCACUGGCAAGGGAAAGGUGAACCUUGCAGAUUCUAGUGUCCGCCCUAUAGAGGUAUUUAUGUGCAGCAUUGUUCGCAAAAUGGGGUAUGGCGAUGGCUUUAAGUGGGUGUCUCAAUAUAUAAAGUAGAUGUAUGAAUGAACAUCUAUCCGCCAUGGGAUAACUGAUAAGAGUAAAGACGGAUGGAUACCUCCAUCUUUAUCAGCUCCUCUCUUUCUUCUUUCUUCUCUCCAUCACAGUUGUUGUUAUUGUUGUUGGGGUUUAUUCUUCUUGACUUCAAUUGUUAUAAUUGGGUUUGGGUGGUGGCACCAAAAUAUUUGUUAAUUUCUUAUUGAAGUGAUUCAGUAUUUAGCUUUUGUAAAACUUGGAACUUUACUGUUUUAUGCUUUCAGUUAGUCUCCUGCCCUCUAAAA